GAGAACUGCAAGAAUGAAGAAAUCCUAAGAUGUCUGAAGUAUGUCCGUCCUGGGAAUGGCUUUGAACCAAAGUUCCAGCUCCUCGAGAAGGUGGAUGUGAAUGGGAAGGAUGCGCACCCCUUGUUUGUCUAUCUGAAGAACAGCCUGCCAUUUCCCAGCGACGAUACAAUGGCUCUCAUGAGUGAUCCAAAGUUCAUCAUCUGGAGUCCAGUGAGUAGGAACGAUGUUUCCUGGAACUUUGAGAAGUUCCUGAUUGGCCCAGAUGGAGAGCCUUACAAGCGCUACAGCAGAAAUUUCCUUACCAUUGAUAUCGAGGCAGAUAUUAAAGAUCUGCUCCAGAAGGUCAAGUAGAUAAACAAUCAGGCUAACUGAAAAGAUUAACAGGUUUGGCCAGAAGUAUGUAUCAGCAGUCACACAUCUGUUUGGUUAUCUUGUGCAGCUCUAUUAAAAAUGUGAUAUGAGUGUUUCCAGUGCAGUACAAUGUGGUUGUUAAGCCUGUUUACUAAAUGAAGACACUCCUUGAAGCCUUUUUUGUGAGGGGAGGUUCUGAUGAAAAUGUAAAAGCCUGACUCAACCACUGUGUAUAACUCAUAUCAUAAUUUUCCAAAUUGCUUGACAAAAUAAACAUUUCCUGUCAUACCAA